AUGGCCGACUUCUUCAGCAAUAAAGCCCGCGCUGCUGCCGCUGCAUCGUCCUCUAAGCCCAACACCUCCAAAUCCAUCGAAACCACAGAAAGAGCAGUCCCAUGGGUCGAAAAAUACCGGCCGAAAUCUCUCGAGGAAGUCAAAAGUCAAGAACACGCGACAGAGACACUGCGGCGGAUGGUAAACGCUUCCAACCUGCCUCAUCUCCUGUGCUAUGGUCCUCCCGGGAACGGCAAGACUAGCACAAUUCUGGCGCUGUGCAGGGAACUGUUCGGCCCGGAACUGAUGAAGACGAGAGUGCUCGAACUGAAUGCUUCAGACGAGCGCGGGCUAUCGGUGAUCCGAGAACGAGUCAAGCAAUUUGCCGCGCUGCACUUGACGAAUCCGAGCAGCAAAGAGUAUACGCAGAAAUACCCGUGUCCGAACUUUAAGAUUGUCAUCCUGGAUGAAGCAGACCAGCUGACGCAAGACGCCCAAGGAGCAUUGAGAAGAGUAAUGGAAAUUUACAGCACCUCCACCCGCUUCGCCCUCUGCUGCAACUACGUCUCUCGCAUCAUCGACCCCAUAGCCUCGCGGUGCUCGAAAUUCAGAUUCAAAGCCAUUGGCGGUGACCAAGCGGCGGCUCGCAUCGCGGAGAUUCUCAAGGCCGAGAACGUCAACUACACCGACGGCGUCAUCGAACGGACAUUGAAGGUCUCAGACGGUGACUUGCGAAGAGCCAUUAACCUGCUACAAUCUGCCGCCCGGCUCGUGGGAGCUUCGGCUUCGGCUUCGGCGUCGAGCGAGAAGGCGAACGCCGGGAGCAAAAAAAACGUUGUCCCCGAAGACAGCGACGACGAGAUGGAGGAUGUGGAUAAUACCACAAAACCCAAUGCCCAAACCGGCGGCAACGCCAUCCGAAUAUCCGACAUCGAUGAGAUCGCGGGCACGUUUCCCCCAGCUCUGACGGACAGGUUGAUCAAAAUCCUCCAGAAGGGAAACACGAGGAAUUAUAGCCACAUUGCCACCGAGAUCACGAAUAUCGUCGCGUCAGGAUACGCCGCGAACGAAGUCCUCUCGGCUCUGUACGCGAAGAUCAUCGUCGGGGAUGAGGGAGACAUCGUGGUCGCAAAAAAGGGUGACGUGGCUGCGGCGUUGCGGAAGAAGGCGGCACUGACGCAAACCUUCUCCGAGUUCGACAAGCGGUUGAUCGACGGGGUGGAUGAGCAUCUCGCGUUGCUGGACAUGAGUUGUCAGCUGGCUGCGGUGUUGGCUGCCUGA